AUGCCUCCAAGGAAGCUGAAAGGAGCUGCUAAGGCUUCGUAUAAGCGCAGGGCAUCGUCUCGUACCCCCAAACCGCCCUCCCGUCUCCUCGAAGAUGCAGCCUCACCACCACCUACAAAUACAGUCCGGAGGGAAAAACGGCCUAAGACAGUCAUCGAACUCGAAGACGAAGACGCACCGGUUGAUACUAUCAGCAGAUUCGACGGCUUCCAGGUCUUCGUUCUCGUCACUAGGCAAAAGAACCACAGGUUUCCUCAAGCACACUGGACGGUCAAUCCAGUCAAGUCUUGGGCCGACCAAGAGCAGCUUUUGAUCGAUGUCGCCCUCGAGGAGCUCCGUCAUGAUCAUAUGGUCGUCGAAGGCGUCAACAAAUACUCCCUGAAGCCCAAUAUCAGCUGGAAAGUCUGCCGUGGAAGGAGCCGGGAUGCACCAUGGUGCAGACUACGAACGGAGGACGACUGGGAAGGCUUCAUUGAUGCCGUCCACACUGAGCGCAACACACCCAAGGUCGAAUGGUCAGCUUUUAUCCUAAUCGAAACACACUACGACCCUACAAGGGCUGCUUCUCAAUUCGAGGGCUCGAGCCCUCUUCAAGGGCCGGCUGCUGAUGAUUUGGACGGGUUUCUAGCCUAUGUCAAGACCAAAGUUCCGGAAUACAUCGACUUUGAUUGCCAGACGGUUCGAGAUGCAAUUAUCGACAAUGGAGUAGUGCUAGACGAUCUCAGAAACAUUGAUCCGAAUGGCCUACCGCCUGUGAAGCAUGGAUGGGUGAGGAUUAUGCGCAAAUGGUGGCCGGUUUGGAAAGGUAUCCAGCGGGAGCAGCAAUCGAAGCCUAGGGGUCCCCUAGGCCUCGAGGAGACACCCUUCGAGGUCUACGAAAGCCAGGAGUUUGACGAAAGCUUUGAUUUAUAG